AUGCAGCAGACAGGACUCACUCUCGCUCUCGUGGCCUUGGCUGUCUGUGUGGCCCUUCCCUCCUCAGAAGCUAUACUUCCCAUUGCCUCUAGCUGUUGCACUGAGGUUUCACAUCAUAUCUCCAGAAGGCUUCUGGAGAGAGUGAAUAUAUGUCGCAUCCAGAGAGCUGAUGGGGAUUGUGACUUGGCUGCUGUCAUCCUUCACGUCAGGCGCAGAAGACUCUGUGUCAGCCCGCACAGUCAUGUUAUUAAGCAGUGGAUGAAAGAACAAGCGGCCAAGAAAAACACCAAAGGCAACAUUUGCCACAAGAAACAGGCUGGCAAGAGGAAAAGUAAAGGGGCACAUCAGGAGAAACCAGAAAUCCACAGCCAUAAAAGUCCUUAUUAA